CCGGGAUGGUCACGUCGCGCGCGUUAAACACAAUAAAACAAGUUAUUUAAUGUUAAAUAAUACAAAAACUUUAAUUCUCAGUAACUUUUAUGUGUAUAAGUGAAACGUAAAACAUUAAACAGUGGUUUCAAGUGUGUUUUGUGGUGAAAAUCACUGUUAAAUAUCCAUUGUUCUGUGGAUAACUUCGAAAUUGUUGUAAACAAUGAUUGCUUAGCUAUAAUGGAAGACGUGUACACAAUUAAAGUUAAAACGAAACCCGAUACAAGGAACUUAUAUCCGUCGGAGAGACGGUACUCUGCGUCUACAGUGUCGGGGCUAGCGUGGGUUCAUAUCGCAUUGGCUGCAACGUCCUUUCUUCUCGCCUGCCUAGCGUUAGUCAGCCCGAAUUCCAAUGUACACCCUCUAAACAACAACACACAAGAAACGGUCGAACUCCGAACCGACAACACGCCAAUAUUAUUACAAAAUGAAAACACAAACGGCUCGCUGUACGAAAAUGAUUUCGAAAAUGAGACACAAAUAAAUUCGAAUAACGAAACGAAUUUAAAUUCAAGUGUCAACGGAAAUCCGUUAAAUUCGAAUGGAACAACGGAAUUUAACGGAAAUGAGACGGAUAGUAAUUAUAUUUUGGUUCUAGCGCCAGCUUUGAUUACAAUAUUUGGUUUGGCUGCAGGAGUAGCGAGCAUUCUGGCUUCAGUUCGGUGGUACAUAGAUCACAACAUUACUUUGUUGUUCGCGAUAUCAUGUCUCUCUUCCUUGAUCUCUCUGACUUCUUUUAUAAUGAUAGCUGUCUGGUUCAUAACAACAUCAGACGGAGAUAUAACAGAGUUCUACAAGGAUAAGGUGCCUUUCAAAGACUAUUUUGUUGUCAAACACAGCGAUAUUAUAACUAAAAACGAAUCACAUAUGAUCGUUGCUCUAAACACUCGCACUGAACCUGAAGAAACGCCGAAUUUGUUUACAAAACGAGUGCUCUCUAUUAAUAUUUUAAUAGCAGCGUUUUUAGAAUUCCUAUGGUCUAUUCUAAGCGUCAAAAUAGCUUAUAAAGGCAUGAAUAAUACUUACAAAGAUGACAACGAACGAAGAGGCAACUGCAUUUCUGUAGUCACGAAAAUAAAAGGUAAUGAUACACGAAAAAUACCACGCAACGGCAAACUAUUACCUCCUAAACCCGACCUAAUAGACCAUUAUCCUAGCAAAAAAAUCAAAAGGAUAUUCCUAGCGCAAUCCGACAACGGAUUUUAUUUGAAAAAUGAAGACAGUAAGGCUAAACAAAACACUGAGACGAGCUCUGAAUUUUAUAAAGAGAGAAUGAUGAAUUUCUUGAACCGUUGCGCUUCUUUAGAAGGCAUGUCUAAUCCUGAGAAUACUUCCAGCGUCCAUUCAGAGGCUUUGAACCCUAUCCCUGAAGGAGUCACAGUGGAAGCUACUCCUCCAGAGGCAGUUCCUGAGUUAAAAGACCGUAUGACGCCCGUCAGCUGGGGAGAUACUCCAGACCAUACAGUCUACAACCAAAAUACGCUGAAUUUGGACAAGAUAUUUAAGUUUAAACCGUCUCCAAGUAAAAGUGAGUGUAAGGAGUAAUUUGUGCGUGUGUAUAGAUAAGUGAAAUUAACUAUUUUUCGUGACUGGACACAUGAACACGCGAACUAUUGUGAUUAAUUGUGUCUUUCUUUCUUAUUGGUCGUUAGUAUUGGCCUUCUCUUAAUUCAUUUUGAGGACAAUGUGCCUAAAAAGUUCUGUGUUAAUCUACUUAUGAUGUACUGUGAGUUUCAUGUAGUAUUUUUUUUUAUAUAACCAUAGAAAUGUCUCCUACAAUCAGUAAUGAAUUGUUUCUAAUCACAUAAUUCAUACAUAACCUCUCGCUGGUCUUCCAUGGGGGUAGGCAGAGACGCAAAUUGCUACGAUUCUUUCGCUUCCUCAACAGUCAUUAGUAUUUUCAGCAUAAUCUAAUUAUAAACAUAACAUCACGCCUUUUAUCCCCGAAGGGGUAUGCAGAGGUAUAAUUACGGCACU